AAAAAAAAAGAACCAUCAAUAGGGGCGUGAAGCAACUGUGUGAAUGUUGUGAGGAAAAAACUACUGAAGAGUUUUGUGAAAAAGGAGGUAAACCGUGAUUAGAAGCUGAAUUCGACUUGUAUGCGUCGAGUGGGUGUGGAUACGGGUUUUUUCUGUCGGUAAAAUGGGAAACUGCCACACCGUUGGACCAAACGAGGCCCUUGUAGUCUCAGGUGGCUGCUGUGGCUCAGAUCAAAAGACAUAUGUUGUGGGAGGCUGGGCAUGGGCCUGGUGGCUCAUCUCUGACAUCCAGAGGAUAACGCUUGAGAUUAUGACCCUGCAGCCCAAGUGUGAGGAUGUAGAGACAGCGGAGGGUGUAGCUAUUACUGUCACUGGGGUGGCUCAGGUCAAAGUGAUGACAGAGAAUGAAUUGCUGGGUUAUGCCUGUGAGCAGUUCCUGGGGAAGUCAGUCAUGGAGAUCAAAAGUGUCAUCCUGCAGACCCUCGAGGGUCACCUGCGCGCUAUCCUUGGAACCCUUACUGUUGAGCAGAUCUACCAAGACAGAGACAAAUUUGCCUCACUGGUGCGAGAGGUGGCAGCACCUGAUGUUGGUCGCAUGGGCAUCGAGAUCCUCAGCUUCACCAUCAAGGAUGUAUAUGAUAAAGUGGAGUACCUGAGCUCACUGGGCAAAACUCAGACAGCUGCUGUACAGAGAGAUGCAGACAUUGGUGUUGCAGAGGCAGAGAGAGACGCUGGCAUCAGGGAAGCUGAGUGUAAGAAAGAAAUGAUGGAUGUUAAGUUCUUAGCUGACACAAAAAUGGCCGACUCCAAACGAGAGCUGGAAAUGCAGAAAGCGUCCUUCAACCAGGAAGUGAACACAAAGAAAGCAGAGGCUCAGCUGGCGUAUGAGCUGCAGGCAGCCAAAGAGCAGCAGAAGAUCCGUCUGGAGGAGAUAGAAAUUGAGGUGGUGCAAAGGAAGAAGCAGAUCUCUAUUGAGGAGAAGGAGAUCGCUCGAACUGACAAGGAGCUCAUCGCCACUGUGAAGAGACCUGCUGAGGCUGAAGCCUACAAGAUGCAGCAGCUGGCUGAGGGACAGAAGAUAAAGAAGGUGCUGACGGCACAGGCAGAGGCUGAGAAGAUCCGCUGUAUCGGAGAGGCAGAGGCUGCCUCCAUUGAAGCUGUGGGAAAGGCAGAGGCUGAGAAAAUGAGGCUGAAAGCUGAAGCCUACCAACAGUAUGGAGAGGCUGCUAAGACAGCUCUGGUCCUGGAGGCUCUGCCUAAGAUUGCCAGUAAGGUGGCUGCACCCCUGUCUAAGACCGAUGAGAUUGUCAUCCUAAGUGGAGAAGGCAGCCGCGUGACUGGAGAGGUGAACCGUCUAUUAGCUGAGCUCCCCGUCUCUGUCAACGCCCUCACUGGUGUGGAUCUGACUAAGAUCCCUCUGCUCCAGAAAAUGACCACCCCACAGUGCCAAACAGCCAUCUGAUGAAUCAGGCCGGAGACUUGUUACUCUCAAUCCUUUGACGUAUAUCUGCCUCAAGCAUGAAAACAGUUUUUUUCAGCCUCUGACCCCUUAUGCAGCUGCCUUUGACCAGAAGCACUCUACACCAACCAAGAGGGUUUUUUUGUAUUUUUUUAGAGAUUUAUAAUUUUCAAGAGGAGAAAAAAGCUGGAGCCUUACUUCUAAAGGACCAGACUGUAUGUAUCUUUUGUUGUUUUAAAUUCUUGUGUUAGACACAUUGAUUUUUAUCACACUGCACUAGUUAGCCAGGAUUAUAUGCUGGAUGCCUGUCAAAUCCUACAAGUCAUCCAAAGCAGAGCUGGGUAUUUCUGAAAAGUAAAAGUCAGCUUUGGCUCUUUUUGAAUCUGAUUGUGUUAAAUAUCAUUUAUAGAAGGAAAAACACCACAGUUUUUAAUAGUAGGUGACAGAAAGAAUCCAAAAAAUUAAGGACACAUCUGAAUACUGUUCUCCAGAGCUGUCUAAACUCCUGCCUGGAGUUUGGAGUGCUCUACUUCCCUGUCAGCUGUUAUGACAUUUAUUCACCUGUGGGAGCAGAGCAAUGUGUGCCAGCUUCUGCCUCUUCAUUAAAAGGUGAUUCAUCUAAUGCUCAGAGUCCAGUUGUAGCUGGCAGCAGACUGAGCACAGUGUGAUAUGGGUAACUUUUAUUUCCUCUUUACUUUGAAAACUAUGUUUUUUAUAGAUUAUUUAGAUUUAUCUCUAACUCAGAGAGAGGUUGUUGGAUUACCAAACCGUUGUUACACUUAAGGUUCACCAGAUUCUCACCCACUGUGAUUGUAAAAUUUACAUUUAUUACAAUAUCUUUGAAUCGUUUGUAUAACCCUUACCUCGUGGUAUAUUGUCAUGUCGGCUGUCUUCUCGUUUUUGAUGUGCAGUGCCUGUUUCACCACUCAAGUGCCCAAACCUUAGGACAGUGGUUUGGCUUUAGUUGGAUCUGUGAUAGAGUGUAUCACUGUGUUAUAGAUGGAUGAUGUUUAAAUAUUGCUCUCUGCUCUCAUAACAUCUGCUUAUACUAACAAUAGUGUUUACUCUUCACAUUUUUUCACAUUCUGACACAAUGCAGAUAUAAACGCUAAGCAAACGUAUAAUACAAAGCCAUACUUAGAAAAGAUUAGCCUUAAUAGAGACCUUGGACGCGUGCCAGGCUUACUGAACAUUUCCAUAUUACCUCAAGUAGCACAUGGUAGACAUUCAGGUUCUGAGCUUUCAUUCAUUUUGUUACUCUUCUCUCACUUUCCUCCUUUGGAGAUGAAGUGGUAGUCCUCCCUCUACUCAGAUGUGUUUCUCAGAUGUUGUUUGAAAUAUUCAGAUUGUGUACGUAUUUUGUAAUUUUAAAGAGUAACCCCCCAAUCUAAAUUUUUUAUAGCAGAAAAGUGACCUCUGACCUCUAUGGGUUGAAAGUUGCCACUCUGUCACCUCUGACCACAUCCAGCCUUUGACAGGAAUUUUCUAGGAAGUUGGAGAAGGAGCAUGUGAUCAGGUUGUGAACACUGUACAUUGUGCUCAGGUGGUCUUCAGUUUGGUAAAUGUGAUGUGAACAUAAUGUAAGAGUGAAGCAGUUGGAAUAAUGGCUUCAACUACUGUAACAUAUAAUUUAAAGUCAAGACUCUUGCUGAUCAAGUCAGUCUAAUCACAUGAUCAAUGGUUCAGUGAGACAUCAGCACUCAGUGUGGGAUCACAGUGUGCAACAAGUUGUAAGUUUCAGCCUCUGGGUGGCAGAGUCUUGGCAGAUUUUAAUCCAUAUUAAGUUGCUCCUUAAACUGAAUGAGCCUUUUGUUGCAUCCUGUUACAAAUCUAACUUUCAUAUCUUCGUGCCAGCCUCUUGAUUUGCUGCACUAUCCGACCUGCUUACUAUGCACACAAUUAGUUCAAUUCUGUAUUUUGUGUAAAUCACAUUGUGAAUGAUCAUUAACCACUUUUCAGAGUCUGUGACCUGAACUACUAUGUUUUAUUGUGUCAGUGACCAUUAUGAAUCGUAAUCACACCAUUUUUCUUACUUUCUGUGAAAUAAACAUGAGGCUUGUGGCUUGUUUGGUCUGAGCAAAUUUCAUCUUGAUUCUGUUUUUGACAUAAAUGUUACACUUACAGUUUACAUUUACAAAGCAAACACAAUAACAUGAAUAACCAGUUUCCUAGCCAUAACUUGAAAUGGCCAGUAUUUUUUAAUAAGUGAUUAGUAGUAUGUAAUGUCAGUCAUUAGUCAUGCAAACCUGACAAAGAUCACCUGAUCAGGGAUACACUGCCCCAUAAUUCACUGCAGCCUGGCAGAACUCGCCAGUGUUUUACUUCACUGCAGGAGAGAGACUGACACACACAUCACUUUAAGUUGGCUGCACAAUAGAUGAUUGACACGUCUCUUCUUCACUCAGACAUCAACAUGAAACCGUCACACACCUGAGAGAAUGGCUUCACCAGUUUCUAGCAGUCAACUUUUAAACUAUAAAAACAGCAUCUGAUCUGGAAAAAAUAUUAUAUUUUGCUGUGCUCCUUUUAUUGAAAAAAGCAGAUUUUGUUUCUAUACACAGUGCCUUUGUUAAUGUGCAGUUUGUUAACUGUAUCGAUCAUAUGUAUGGAAAUACUAAUAGGAUGUUGUAUCAUGAAUAUACUGUAGGACUAAGACUGACUUGUAGAAUAUGUGAACUUUAUACAUAUAUAGUAUUCAACUGUAAGUUUUGCUCUUUCUGCUUUUUCUCUAUGAUAUUCAGUACUACACAUGUAUAAGGGAACACAGAUAUAUAUCUAGUUAGAUGAUAAGUAGGAAUGUAGCUCUGAGUAGCAUUUAACAGCUUUUCCUGUAGGAUCUGGAGCUCUUGAAUAAUGAAUUUCCAUUCACUAUUUUGGCCAUUAUAUCAUGUGUCAAAAAAAUGCGUGUUCUUGAUUUACAUUGUCUGAUCAGAAUAUUGGCAACUUCCUGUUGUGGAGAGGUGAAUGUACUUAAAGACCAAAACCUUACAGAUCUACGCCAUUACUUUUGUCUGCAUCUGUCGUCUAUCACAGGAAUAAUCUGUAAUCUCCAUUCAAAUUAUACUGUGGAUUUAACUUGUGGCUUCUCAUGUAACACUGGCCUUUGUAAAACUGAUCCAGCAUGGCAUUUGAAGCAUGUGUUCAUGUUAUUCUGUGUUGUGUGCCGCUCUUUAAUAAACGCAGUACCACCUCC